AUGGCGGACUACAAAGGCACUUCUUCUGGUGGAGUGUUCGAACAGAAUGCCAACCAAGGAGAUUUACAUAGAAGAAACGUCGUCGGUAUGGAGGAAGGUCCCGAUGCUGAUGCGCAACUCGCUGCUCAAUUUGGAUACAAACCUGUAUUCAAGAGAGAAUUCGGAUAUCUCUCGACUUUCUCCUUCGCCGUCUCUAUCAGUGGAUUGUUUGCUACUACCAUGACCACUUUCUCCUACCCAAUUAUGUCUGGUGGAUCUGCCGCAGCAGUAUGGUGUUGGGCAAUUUCUGGUGCUGGUUGCAUGUGUAUUGCUCUUUCUGUCGCUGAGCUGGUCUCUGCAUAUCCUACUUCCGGCGGUCUAUACUUUGCAAUUUCACGACUCACACCAACAGACUGGGUACCAUCUAUUAGUUGGGUUACUGGUUGGUUGAAUCUUCUCGGACAGGUUGCUGGUGUUGCCUCCUCCCAAUACGGUGCAUCUCAAAUGCUGUUAGCGGCUGUCUCCAUUGGCAAAGAUUUCGACUAUACGAUUAACGCAAAUACAACGGUCGGUGUAAUGGCCGGUUUGAUGGUGCUUACUGGAUUGGUUAACUCAUUAUCUACCUAUUGGAUGGAAAAGAUGACAAAGAGCUAUGUUAUCUUCCACGUUCUCGUUUUGGUAUCGUGCUGUAUCGCUCUUUUGGUCAAAACCCCGAACAAACAUGAUGCCACCUAUGUUUUUACCAAUGUUGAUUCAACCUCCGGUUGGACCCCUGUCGGAUGGAGUUUUCUCUUCGGGUUCCUCUCCGUCUCCUGGACCAUGACCGAUUACGAUGCUACCGCUCAUAUCACUGAAGAAAUUUCCGAACCAGAGAAAAAAGCACCUUGGGCUAUCUCUAUGGCUAUGCUUUUCACCUAUGUUGCUGGAUUUCUUUUCAACAUUGUACUUUGUUUCUGCAUGGGUGACCCGGCCGAAAUCCUUGGCACAAGUAUUGGUCAGCCAGUCGCUCAGCUUUUCUACAACAGUCUAGGAAAGGCAGGUGGUAUCUUCUACACCGUUUGUGGAUUCAUCAUUCUUGAAUUUGUUUGCUUUACUGCUAUGCAAUCAUUGGCCCGAACUGUUUUUGCUUUCUCCCGUGAUAAGCUUGUACCAUUUUCCAAAGUCUGGACAAAGAUCUUACCCAUCACUGGAACGCCCAUUGCAGCCGUCUGGAUUUCUGUCGUCCUCUGCAUUGCUAUCAACCUUAUCGGUCUUGGAUCCUACACUGCUAUUUCUGGAGUCUUCAAUGUUUGCGCCAUUGCUUUAGAUUGGAGUUAUUGUAUUCCAAUUGCGUGCAAACUUCUCUUUGGCAAAUUCGAGCCAGGUCCAUGGCAUAUGGGUAAAUUCAGUACUGCCGUCAACGCAUGGGCCUGUAUCUGGACUCUUUUUGUCAGUAUCAUCUUCAUUCUCCCGACCGAACGACCAGUGACUGCCCUCAACAUGAACUACGCUAUCGCCUUCUUAGGAUUGAUCCUAGGCUUCUCUACCAUCUACUGGUAUGUUUCUGGCAAGAAGUUCUACACCGGUCCUGUCAUCGAGGCCGCCGACGAAGACUCCCUACGAAAUUCGUUGGACCGCGACUCGAGACAGGAGAAGGUGGAGACCCAUAAGUCAUAA